AAAAAAAACCCCUGCAAACUAAACUGAAAAAAGCUUCAACACCAGCUCACUUCAUCAAGAUACCCCACUGGUUUGGUAACUGGAAACUCCUCUCUCUCUCUCUCUCUCUCCCCUCCCCCAAACCAUGACAGAAUUCCUCGACCUCGAGACCCAAGACGGCGUUCGGAUGCCCUGGAACGUCAUCCCGGGCACGAAACACGACUCCUCCAACGCCAUCAUCCCCGUCUCCGCCCUCUACACCCCUCUCAAGCCCCUCCCUUCCACUACCCCAACCCUCCCCUACGCUCCCCUCCGCUGCCGCAACUGCCGCUCCGUCCUCAACCCCUUCUCCAUCGUCGACUUCGCAUCCAAGAUCUGGAUCUGCCCCUUCUGCCUCGCCCGCAACCACUUCCCCCCCCACUACCACUCCAUCUCCGACGACAACCUCCCCGCCGAGCUCUACCCCCAGUGCACCACGAUCGAGUACGAGUCAUCGCCCGCGGAGAGGUCGUCGGUGCCGCCCGUGUUUCUGUUUGUGGUGGAUACGUGCGUGAUCGAGGAGGAGGUGGGGUUUCUGAAGUCGUCGGUCUCGCAGGCUGUCGGGCUGUUGCCGGAGAAUUCGAUGGUCGGGUUGAUCACGUUCGGGACUUAUGUUUGCGUGCAUGAAUUAGGGUUUGGGCAGGUGCCUAAGGUGUAUGUGUUUAAGGGGUCCAAGGAGGUGACGAAGGAUCAGAUUAUGGAGCAGAUGGGUUUUUUUGUGAAGAGGGCGAGGCCUGCGACCGGGGUGGUUGCGGGGGUGAAGGAUGGGCUGUCGCAGGAGAGCAUUUCGCGGUUCUUGUUGCCUGCGUCAGAGUGUGAGUUUGCGAUGAACUCGAUAUUGGAAGAGCUUCAGAAAGAUCCUUGGCCUGUCCCAACAGAUCAAAGGGCAACAAGGUGUACUGGCACGGCAUUGAGUGUCGCUGCACAUUUGUUGGGAGCAUGUGUUCCAGGUUCUGGGGCUAGAAUCAUGGCUUUUACAGGUGGGCCCACAACAGAAGGGCCGGGUGCAAUUAUAGGGAAAAAUUUGUCUGAACCUGUACGAUCUCACAAGGACCUUGAUAAAGAUUCUGCUCCCUAUUAUCAUAAAGCGGUAAAGUUCUACGAGGGACUUGCGAAACAGCUUGUACAUCAAGGGCAUGUACUUGAUCUCUUUGCUUGUGCUCUUGAUCAGGUUGGGGUUGCCGAACUUAAAGUAGCGGUUGAAAGAACUGGGGGGCUUGUUGUGCUUGCAGAAAGUUUUGGCCAUUCAGUUUUCAAGGAUUCUUUUAAACGUGUUUUCCAAUCUGGUGACUACGAUCUUGGUCUCUCAUCAAAUGGUAUAUUUGAGGUUAAUUGCUCAAAGGAUAUCAGAGUUCAGGGUAUUAUUGGUCCUUGUGCAUCUCUUGAAAAGAAAGGCCCUUUGUCCUCUGAAACUGUUAUUGGUCAGGGAAAUACCACUGCAUGGAAAAUGUGUGGCCUGGACAAAGCCACAUCCUUAUGCCUUGUAUUCGAAAUGGUGAAGAAGGACAGCCCAGAAGCCAUUGAUCAAUCAGCCAACAGUCAAUUCUACUUCCAAUUUUUGACUUAUUAUCAGCAUAGUAGCGGACAAAUGAGACUUCGUACGACUACGCUUUCCAGGAGAUGGGUUGCUGGACCUGGAAGCAUACAGGACUUAAUUUCUGGAUUUGACCAAGAAGCUGCUGCUGCAGUGAUGGCACGCCUAGUUUCUUUCAAAAUGGAAACGGAGGCUGAAUUUGACCCUAUUAGAUGGCUGGAUAAGUCCUUAAUACAUCUAUGUUCUCGGUUUGGAGAGUACCAAAAGGAAAGCCCUUCUUCUUUCAGCUUAUCUCCACGGUUCUCAAUAUUUCCUCAGUUUAUUUUCCAUUUACGACGUUCUCAGUUUGUUCAGGUUUUUAACAACAGCCCGGAUGAGACAGCAUAUUUUAGAAUGAUCCUUAACCGGGAAAAUGUUGCCAACUCUGUUGUGAUGAUUCAACCUUCAUUGAUUUCCUACUCUUUCCAUUCCACUCCAGAACCAGCUCUCCUUGAUGUGGCUGCCAUUUCUGCUGAUAGGAUACUACUUUUGGAUUCUUAUUUUACCGUCGUCGUAUUUCAUGGAUCUACUAUUGCUCAGUGGCGGAAGGCUGGAUAUCACAAUCAGCCUGAACACGUGGUGUUUGCCCAGUUGCUACAAGCGCCUCACGACGAUGCAAAUGCAAUACUUAAAGAGAGAUUCCCGGUGCCCCGUAUGGUUAUUUGUGAUCAACAUGGUUCCCAGGCCCGUUUUCUGCUGGCGAAAUUGAAUCCUUCUGCUACAUACAACUCCGAUGUGCCUGCUCCUGAAAGGGAAAUCCUUUUCACAGAUGAUGUUAGCUUUGAGACGUUUCUGGAUCAUCUGCAGCGGUUAGCAGUUCAAUAAAAUUCUUUACCGAUCACAUUAAAGGUUUAGCGGUUAGAUAUAAUAGUUCUCCAAUUUUGUAGAAUCUGUAAUUUGAAUUGAUUGUACAGUAAUGCAUUUCGGCCUUCGAGUUAAAACUUGUUAAUUUGUAAUGUUUUCCUUGCGGUUUGAUUCGUUUGAAUAAUACGGAGUCAUGGGUUCUUUCAA